AUGAGAAAAGACAAAGUUGUUGAGGUUAAAGAAUAUUGGUACCAUUGGGUUCAUGCAGACGUGAAGUGUCAAAGUUCUCCGCAGAGGGAUGAAGAACGAAUUGAAGAAACUCGCGGAGUGAAUGCUUCAAGUCAGGGUUUGAACAAGAACACACGGUUUGCGAAUUUCACCGUCGGUGGUGAGAAUGCAACGCUUAAUAGUAGUGAAGUGCAACAGUUUUCGCUGAAAUCCAACGGUGAGAACGUUACAUUGGUCACUGAGAUUGGGAACUUCACUGAUAAUAGGGUUGUCAAAGAUGUGGACUUUGCUGUAAAUGCAACUGUUUCUUCUUCUUCUUCUGGUGAAUCAAACGUGACUUCUGUUAAUAAUAAUAAUAAUAAAAAUAAUAAUAAUAAUGAUAAUGUAACUGUGGUUAUUGAUGAUAGUGGUUCUUCUUCACAAGAUGUGAAGAUGGAGGGUCGUUUUAGUUUAAAUGAUGAGAAUUGUGAUAUCUAUGAUGGUAUGUGGAUAAGGGAUGAUUCAAAGCCAUAUUACCCCUUAGGUUCAUGUCCACUCAUCGAUAGGGAUUUUGAUUGCCACCUUAAUGGAAGGCCUGAUAGUGAUUAUGUGAAAUGGAAAUGGCAGCCACAUAAAUGCGACAUUCCAAAUCUUUUCUGUGGUUUUUUCAGUAACACGUGCGAAAUAUUUUUGAAUGCAACUGAUUUUCUGGAGAGGCUGCAAGGUCAGAGGCUAGUUUUUGUGGGGGAUUCACUGAACAGGAACAUGUGGGAGUCAAUGGUGUGUAUACUACGUCAAAGUGUCAAGGACAAGAAACGUGUUUUUGAAAUUUCUGGAAGACAUGAAUUUAAGAAAAAAGGUGUUUAUGCUUUUAGAUUUGAGGCAAGUUUCGGAACAUAUAUAAGAUUCUAUGAUGCAGAUAUCUUGUAA